AGAUGCAUGUUUUGUAAAUAAAACUGACACAUCAAGUUUUGUUUUUCAUAAAACAGUUUGUUGUGAUCGCCAAACGGUGUGACUCUCUGCUCAAAUAAAACAAAUCAUAGAAAAUGGCACAAAGCAAUCCACAGCCUGAAGAACAAGUCGCGAAUACCGAUUGGAGCAUCGAUGCUUAUCGAACGCGCUUCGAACCGGAGGAGCACUGGGAGCUGCGGAGAGCCUUCAUGGAACGGCAUCAAAACUGGAUCCCAGAGGACGAGCUGGUCUGUCUGGCCCAAGUGUUCGUCAACGUAGAACUGUUGCACUGUCGAUACCCCCUGGAAACGAUGGAGCGUGUCAAGGCAAUCUCGAGUGGAAUUGCGGAUGAAUAUCGAGCAUCGCGUAGCAAGAAAAUCCAGCGAACAUUCGUUUCCGCUUCGGACGCCGCUGCAUCCAAAGUGCAGAGAAAGUGAAAAACCGAGUCAUGUACCUUCUUUAUUUUGAAUAGUUUUUUUUAUAUCGAAUGUGACGAUUGGAAUAUGAUUUAAUGAAAAUAAACAAUCUAUAAAUCAACCAGAAA